GGGACAGGCUUGGAGGGGAGGGACCAUAAGAAGCUCACGACCAUGGCUGAGUCCAUCACCUAUGCACAUCUGCGCUUUGCGAAAUCUCCUCUGAAGAAGACUCUUUCAGCCAGGCUGAAGCAGGACCCUGAGGUGGAUGAAGAUGGGGAGCUCACCUAUGAAAAUGUGCAGGUGCCUUCGGCCAAGGAUGUGUUCCCCAGCCCAGCUCAGCCUGGCCUUGGGGAACAAAUAGGAGGGGAAAAGACAGAAAAGCCUGUUACUGCAUCUCAUUCAGUGACAUCACCAGUUGCCAGGAGGAUUCUGCCCUGCCCUGUGGCCUGGACACCGCACAUUCUCCUGAGCCUGCUGGGCACCUGUUUGCUGUUGGGGGUCACUACUAUCAGCCUGGGAGUUCAAUAUAUGCAGAUAUCUCACCAGCUUAGAAAUACCAACCAAGUCCUGGAAGUCACCAAUGGUAGCCUAUGGCAGAAGCUCGAAAUGGGGGCUAUCCACUUGUCAAGGAAGGAAAUGGAUCUGCAGGCUGCCAGGGAGGAGCUGUCCCAGACCCAGCAAAAGUUGGAGGUAGAAAAGGGGCAGCACCAAGCUGCUGAGGACUACCUGCUGACCUGCAGAUUGGAAUGGAAUAAGACAGAAUUGAGCCUGAAGGACAAUAUGGAGGAGAAGAAAAACCUGGAAGAAAAGCUGAAAAUCUUGCAGAAUAGGCUGAAGCAAGUUCAGCCCCUUUUCAGUUGCCCAUCCCGAAAUAAUGGCCAGGAGUGGAAAUUUCACCAGUUCCCAGAAAACUGCUGUCCCUUGGGGUGGACGCUAUUUAAGAAGAAAUGCCUGUACAUCUCAAGCAACCAGAAGAAUUGGAGGCAGAGUGACUUGUUUUGUCAAUCUCUAUCCUCAAAGCUGUUUGUUUUUGAGUCAUGGGGAGACAGAACUUUACUUAUCUUUUCCUGUGGACUUCCUCCACCCAACCCAGUCUGUCUUUCACGCCAGGAACCCAUAAGGCAGAUACUUAACAAAGAAAAACUAUUUGAUGAUUUCUGGAUCCAGGGAUGGCAAAUAAAGAACAAGAGAGAACGAGAUCAAAAUACAGUAAAGUGUUCAAUUUUGAACCAUUACUCUUACUACUCAUCUGACUUCUGUGACAAGAUUUUGUCCUUCAUCUGUGAGAAAGAAGCCAUCAUAUCUCCUGUUGAGAUGGAGAACCACUUCCUUCACUGAGCUGGGUCCAAAGCUUCAGGAUUCAUCUUUUCAAGUCCUCUAGGCCUGUGUGGCCAGUGCUUAGAUUGAGGACUGAAUGAACACUUCUCUAAACCAGCAUUCACAUCUGAUCCCACCUUCUACUUCAAGUCUUCAAGAGAGAUUGGACUACUCCUGGGAAGAGGGGGACCAGCCUCAAGUAGGGGGAUUUGGAUCCUAGCAUCUUCAUUGAGGCCCCUGGCCCACUCUUGGGCCUCCAUGAGAGCUCAAAAGAACCUGAAAAGUGCUUCCUAUAUCAGCAAACAGAGGAUGGAUUGUGGGAGUGGCAAGCAGAAAGAUCCCAAGUGUUCCCCACUGCACCCAAAUGACUACCUGCCCAUCCUGAUUGACUUUCAGAGCAGGAUCAUAGGUCUAAAACUGAGAGGGAGCUUAGAGGUCAUCUUCCCUCUCUAGUCGAAUUCUCCUCAUUUUGUAGUUAAGGAAACAGGCCCACAGAGGUUACAGAACUGGUAUCUGAACCCGGGUCUUCCACUACACUACAUUGCCCUACCACCUCUCUCAUUCUUUAAAUUUAUUUUUUUUAAUUCUAAAUUUAACAAACAGCAAAUAAAAUGGGCAUUUCUGUAUA